CCCUGGAUUGACACGACAGUGUUGCGAUGGUCAAUUCUACGCGCAACUCAUUCUCGGUCGUCGUCGUCGCCUCCGCGCUCUCUCUCUCUCUCUCUCUAUCGCUCGCUCACUCACACAGCGGCCAUCAAUUCUCUGCAACGCGCCCUGUGAGCUUCCUUUCUGAGCCGAGGUUCACUACCGCUUCCCAUGGCUAACAGGCAUACCAUCCUUCUUAUGCAAACUUCUCACAACAGGGCAACCAGGACUUUUAUGGAUUAUGAUUCAAUAAGUCAAUCAAUGGACGGUAUAUGUGGACUAUAUGAAAGGAAGCUUAAAGACUUAAAUCCAGCCAUCAGGAACAUCACUUAUGACAUUGCAGAUCUCUACAAUUUCAUUGAUGGCCUCGCUGAUAUGAGUGCACUAGUAUUCGAUCAUUCAGUUCAGGCUUAUUUGCCUUAUGAUCGGCAGUGGAUUAAACAGAGGAUAUUUCAACAUCUGAAGAAACUGGCACAUUGAGACAAAUAUGAGCUGCUGAAUCUGUUCUCAGUCACAUUCUAAACUUCUGCAUAAUAUGAUCAAGUUAAAAAGGCACUUGUGUGAAGUGUGGAAAUUUAUCCUGUCUUAUCUAUCCCGCUACGAUUACAAUCCCGGGGUUUUUAUUAUACAUGAAUCUUUACUUCCCAUGCGUGCAUCUGUAUCUAGAAGAUAUUUGAUUGUGUUUUUCCUAUCUUUUACAGAGUAUCUAUUAUGAUCAACAAGGCUGUUGCUUGUUGGCUGUUGCAGGGCAUCAGUUUCUUCA